UAUCGAUUCCUUCCAAGGUAUCGAUAUUAUCGAAUGGUAUCGAUACUUUUCGACUUUUCGUAUCACUACAAUCAACAGUUUGAGUUUGUUGUUGUAUCGUUUCGUUUUCAAAAUAUUCAAAUUUCAAACCACUCAUUUGGCGAAAAAUAUUAUUCAUCUAUAUUCAAAUUAUGAAGUGCUUCGAAUAGGGAAUCUUAAUCUUUUAUGAAAAUAUUACAGCUGUGAGCUGUUGUUUCUAUUCGAAGUUAAGUAUCGACAUUUGAAGUGAAAUCUAUCAGACAAUGCGGAUGUUCCUUCGAUUAGUUUAGUUCUCUUUGCAAGCUUUAAACACUACAAGAUACGAAGCAUGGAUAGCAGUAGCACUAAAAGUAACCAUAACGCUGACUCCGAAUACUCUUCCAAACUGUCAAAAUCCAGCGCUGAAGAUGAUACUCUAAAAGAUAUGGAUGAUAAUGAAAGAAACACUACGGAUUCUGCCGAAGAACCUUCUUUUGAUGAAACACCCGGCUCGCCAGUUUCCAAACGGGCGAAAAAUUCAUCAGAUGAAGAUAACUGGACCACAUUUCUCAGUGACGCGCGUAUCCCUAGCGAAGAUAUUUCAAAAUAUGCGACUAUGUUUUCGAAGUGUGGUCUUGAAAUAGCGGAUUUCACUGAUUUGAACGACAGUGAUAUGGUUGAAAUCGGCGUAAUACACGUUGUCCAUAAAAGAAGAAUUCUCACUCACGGUAAAAAGCUCGCGAAGAAGAAUGAUGGAGAAGCGGCCCCCUCGAAUGUCGAAGAUAAAUUUGAGCAAAUGGAGUCUCGUAUUUUAAAACACAUGGACAAAUCGACAGAGAAGCUCCAAAAAACAAUUGAAGAAACUCAAAGUGAACUGCACGAGCUGCAAUCAAUGAUCACAGUCUCGGGUGCCUGUAAAUUAAUCGUCACUAAAGUUAAUCGGUUGAAGAAAAACGGCCAAAUUCGAUCGAAAUUCAAAUCUAAAGAAGAGUUCGAUAAAUUCGAAAAGAAGUACGAAUCUGUAAAUGGCGAAUAUGAAGAAAAGAAAAAAAAGAGAAACAACAGCUGUCAUGAAUUCGACAGCGUUGACGAAAUCGAUGUCGAGAAAGUCAAACCUCAUCUUGAUCGGUUUUUCAAGAAACCUAACAAUCGGGAAAAUUUUUAGAUAUCUUGACGUGGGCGAAAUCUUUAUGAUUUAGCAAUGAUGAUCCGAUUAUUUUUAUUUCAUAAUAUGUUCCUAAUUGAUUGCCAUUUUUAUUGUGUUUUAUUAUUACUCGCGCAUGUGUUCUAUUAUUGAUAGUUAUGUUUAACCAUUAAGGAAAUUACGUGGACGUGGCGAAGGUCGAAUACUCGAAGAGUUGAGGAGCGAAUUGGUGUAAGAAGGGGUGACAGUUAGUUGAUUCAUUUUUCCCCGCUUUCUAAUUCAACUCUGUGAUGAUUUAUCUUAGAACAUUCAUUCAAUGAUUUUUAUAAUUUUAAACAGAGCUGUGGCUAAUAACAUUGUAUCCUAGUUAGAAUUUGUCAUUUGUUAACAAGUAAGCUACCUUUUUUAAUAUUGUUUUUCUUUUAUAUUGCUUGCGUGAACUGAGAUAAUACUGUAAAUAUAGAAACUAUUUGGA